CAUGUGAAGCUUGGAUCAAGACAACAUUCACAAACCUUUGAUGCAAUCGAGGAGGCUCAUCAUGCUGACCAAGCCUUUGGUAAUUUCUGUAUCAAGCUUAAUAACUUUCUUAAUCUUCUUUUACCCUCAUCAAACAUACUGCUGCCUGAAGGCAAACACAUUCAUCUUCAAGGGACUUAUGAAAUUACAGAGCACCAUUUCAUUCAUAUCAACUAUGAAUCAAUGGUUGAUUGGCACCAGCACACAGACUACCUUCAUUGCAAUCCCCUUUUCUUUGGUUCUCUGCACUUCAACUGUGUCUUUAUUCAGCAGACAGAAAACAAGGUCAUUCUCAGCAGGCUGUUAUUCUGUUUUGAAUGCCUGGUUGGGGAUCACAGGCUUCCCUUAGCUCUCAUCCACCCCUUUGACACUCCCACUGCCCAGUUCUAUUCUGUUAGAUCCAUCAUAUGUGGAGCAUUUCUUGUUCCAGAUGGACCUUCCAACUAUCUUGUAGUUGACACUGCAGAUACUGAUAUGUUUCUUCACAUGAAGAUGAUGCACUUGGAGGCAGGCCAUAUUGUGCACAUUUGA